CUAUUUCAUAAGAUCAACCAAUUGAGCAAUGUCUUUGGCCUUCACAAACUCGUGUACCUUGACAAGACCGCGUUCUUUUGGACAAAAGGAAGCUUGUAAGAAGCUCAACAUUUCUAAUAACACUAGCUUGCUGGCCACGCCAAACUCUUUUGUUAAUGGUAUGAGGGUUUGCGUUGAUAUUCGCUGGAUAGGAACGGCAGGUAGAUCGAAGCAACUCCCCUCAUCUUCCAAGUUGCAAAUGAGCUUUUCGCCUAACCCCCGAUAUAAAGUUGCUGUCCUUGGUUGCACAGGCUCAGUAGGACAAAGGUUUAUUCAACUAUUGGAAGAUCACCCGUGGUUUGAAGUGGUAGCCAUCGGUGCCUCUUCUCGUUCAGCUGGACAAAAAUAUUCACAAGCUUGUCGCUGGAAACAAUCCACUCCCUUACCAAAUUAUGUAAAGAACAUGGAGAUCAGAGAGUGCAAAGCCUCUCAAUUUCCUGACGUCGACAUUGUCUUUUCGGGACUGAGUAAUGAAGUAGCUGGAGAUAUUGAAGAAGAAUUUGCAGCAGCUGGAAAGGCUGUCUUUUCUAAUGCCAAAAAUCACAGGAUGGAUCCGGAUGUUCCCAUACUUAUCCCUGCAGUUAAUGCAAAUCAUAUAGGAUUAAUUGAUUAUCAAAGGCAAAGGCGAGGUUGGGACAAGGGUUUUAUAGUAACCAAUGCCAAUUGUAGCACCACUGCUAUGUGUUUGGGUCUCAAGCCUAUUUUAGAUCGAUUUGGUAUUGAAGCCUUGAUUGUGACAACUAUGCAGGCAAUUUCUGGUGCUGGAUAUCCUGGUCUUCCUUCGAUGGAUAUUAUUGACAAUGUGGUUCCAUUUAUUGGUGGAGAAGAACCAAAGAUGGAAUCGGAGUCUUUGAAGAUUUUCGGACAGUUGGAAAUGGAAAAGAUUGUUCCAGCUUCUAUUCAAGUGUCUGCAAUGUGCAACCGGGUACAUGUGUUGGACGGACAUACGGAAUGCGUGUCUUUGAAAUUGAAGACUAGAGCAACGCCUGAUGAGGUCAUACAUUCCAUUGACCAUUUUCCAUCUUUUACUCGUUCUCUAAAGCUUCCAUCAUCUCCUGAACGAGAUGUCGUCUACACGGACUGGAUAGAUCGUCCACAGCCUCGGUUGGACCGUCAUACAGGAAAUGGGUUUACAGUAACGGUAGGAAGAGUUAGAGAAUGUUCAGUUUUAGACAUCAAGUUGGUUUUAUUUGGACACAAUACGGUUGUCGGAGCGGCAGGAGGUUCGGUUAUCAACGCAGAGUUGUGUGUUUCGAAAGGAAUCAUUGCACAAAAGGCAAAGGAAAGUGCAUAUGCAGUAUCUCAUAAAUAGUUAUUGAGGGAACUUUUCAAAAGAGUUCGUUACAGAAUUGUGUUUUUUUAUCGAAGCCAUGACUUCAAAUAUCUAAGCAUAGUUGAAAUUUCAAAUUAACUUGUCAUUCUGCUAGUUGUAUUUCUCCUUCUGUGUUUGAAACAGUUGUGGAGAGUUGUUAUAGUUCCUUUGUUGUAAUUGAGGGCCACAGCAUAUUCAAUAGCAUCUCUAUUUAGAAAAUGGUGCUUCAAAGAUAGAGACUGAAUAGAAUUGUUUGGGUCAAUGCAAUAACUCUUUCGAAUAUUCUUUGGUCACUUUCCAUCAUUGCCCUUGCAAUAUAUCUUGAGAAAAGACGACAGCUACUCGUUGGAUUAUAUACACAUAUCAGCAUUCCUAUAGAAACAUAUUUUGACAAUAUUGCUGUAAAAAACUUGCUUAUGUUGUUUCCUACGACACAAUGAUCAGUUU